CUUCCUCGUAAGGUUGUUAGACAGCAAUACUUCCUCGUUAUAGUCUGACAGGUUAGCCGUGUGCUGUCGGUGUGACAGUCAUGAAGAACGGUACCGAAGCAGGAGAACAGGAGGAUGUUUGCCGCCAGGACGUCUAUGAGGAGUAUCUGAACUAUUACCUUAAGCUGGGUGCAGAGAUUCGGCCGUGCCGCGACGCCCGGCUGCUGGAGAAGGCGGCUCAGUAUCUGCUGAGGGGAGCUGAGCCUCCAAGGACUUUUACGGUGUUUCCAUUUUACCAGGCUGUAACAGAAGUGACAGAAGGUUGUGACACUCUGAGCAUAGACUGCAGGAAACACUUGUCUGCUUUUAUCAAGGCUACCGAACUGCUGGAAACUCUCUGCGUCAAUUUGUUUCUUCAACCCUGGAAGAAGGAAAUCAAGACACUCAAGACUUUUACAGGUCCUUUUGUUUACUGUCUGCUGCCAGUCCUCAGCAGGUCUACCAUUCAGUCCGUCCUAACAUCUAUUGGCUAUGUACCCCAUACUAAGGCCCCACAAAGUGAGUUCAGGCUCAGUGAGGAUGCAAACACAGACAGAGCUAUACUGGUGGGCUUUGAGCUGCUGCUGGCCAGGGUGGAAUGUUACCACCUCCUGGAACUUCUGGAGAAGGAUCAACUGGGACCACAAGAGUGUCUGGAAGUUCUUCAAAGGAGAGUGCAGCCUACAAAACUAAUGGAACAGAUGGGAAAAAAGACAAUGAAAGGACAAAAGGAAGACGAGGAGCAGGAGAGAAAGAAGGAAGAGGUACCUCUCUAUUUAGACACCAGACUUGCAGCGAACCCCAAUCCCAAGCUUCAGUGCUGCCACCUCAUCAGUGUAGACCAGUCCAUUAUGGAGAUGCAGAAGACCUACCCUGACCUAGCUUUUAGGGGACGCCCUCUGCUAACAGAGGAACCUCACAGAGCACAAAACAGUGUGAGCAGCAGUAAAGCUGUUCAUACUGCUGAGCUCCCCAAGAAACACUGUAUAAAAGGCCCCAAAGCUGCCGCUAAAACUAUCAUCAGUAGAAAUGAUGGCAGUAAAGCUGAUCAAGUGCUUGGUGACAGUGGCAAAAGCAGUGGUUGUAAUGACAAGAACAGUGGAGAAACCACUGCUCGAGCAGACACCAUUAGCAGCAGCGACAGUAGCACUGAUGGAAGAGUUGACAAUGAGCUCGGUGGACCUCAGGCUGUUUCACUGCAGAUCACACUGAGGACUGGACCCAGAGCAGAGCAGAGUCUGAAACCGAAGCCCACAGCAGAGCCUUCUGUCUGUACACAGCAACAAGCCGAUGGACAACAUAAAAGACUGGCCACAACAGAGGUCCCUCACCUAAACUCAAUGGAUGAGGAGCAGGAGCUGACAGAGCUGGCAGACAGGAUGGAACAACUCUGUGUGCAGGAGAACAAAGAUGAGGUGAAGAUAAAAGGAGAGGAGAAUACAAAUAAUGAAAGGAGGAAAAAAGAGACAAAAUCAAGUACAGAGACAGGCAGAGAAGCAACAUCUGAGGAAACAAGUGAUGGCGACAGGUCCAGCACUUAGCCCUGAUGCCAAUAGAUGCAGAUCCUCUCUGUCUGAUCUGGCUGUGAUGAAAGAGCAGAAACAUUCCACUGAGCAUCACACAUCACUGCUGACUGACAGUACAGUCUGUCUGAACUGUGAAGGAAAUAGCAACAUAGGUCAACAGGAAGGAGAUGUUCCUUAAAGAGAGGAAACAGGUUGAGGAGAAGAUGAGCAGAUAGUACAGCAUAGCACAAUAGCUGAACAUCUUAAUAUAUGAAAACUGAGAAGAACUGAGCAAGUGCAAAACCAAAACAAGAUGCAACUAGCCUGUAAGCCAAGAUUUAACUGUACAGAUUAGAAAGAGCAGAACAAGAUUAUAAUGUGCAAUCCUACUAACAGACUUCAACAGAAUUCACCAACAAUAGUCUUCAAACCUCCUGGUAUCCGGACUUUGGAGAGUUUGCACAGUAUUCCAGGAUGGUUAAACCAACGGCUAGCCCUGCAGUCUCUCCAGAUAAAUGGUCUGUGUAACCUGAUACAGUGUGUAGUUUUUUUAAUUAGCUGAAAAUGCUGUCAAUAUUGGAAUUUUUUUAGGUGUAACUGCAAGAACAGACUGCUUUUCAGACACUUUGUCACAGUUUAGUGCCCCUUAACAUUUCGUACUCUGUCGUUCUGUAUUUGUCAGAAAUUUACUCAGAAUUACAACUAGGAGUCUGAUGUAAAUGGUUCCGUCCACUUGGCUUCUUGUAACAAUAUGAUGUGAAUAUGGCAUUCAUUUUCAAUGUUACAGGCCUUUAACUUCAAGUUUAUCAUAUAAUGUUGCCAGUUUAUUUAUAGGUGAUGCAGUAGAUCAUUCACAUUUGCAGAUAUAGAUUCAGAAGAUAUUUUUUUCCUCAACUGAUCAUUAUUGGAGACAGACAUGCUCACUUCAGUCCUCAUAUUUGUUUAGUCUAUGUAUUAAACACCUGUCAGUUACAUGUUAGUACAGCAGGCUCCACUUCUGCCAUUUAAGUUGUGGUGGUUCACAUUUGAAUCAGAUUAAGCCUAAAAUUCUCCAAUUCAUUAAGCCAAUGAAACAAUAUCUUAGUUACUAUGUCUCUACAGAAAGGGCUUCCAAAACCAGACUAAGAUCUCUAGGUAAGGUACGACUUCGCUUCCAGGUUAUGCCCAACUGAGUUUGGUAUGCUUUCAGCUUGAAUUUUCAAAGAAAGAAAGUUUAUAUAGAUCCAAUAUCAAUAUUGCAAAUUGAGACCAGAUACAUAUAUAUGAUAUUAGGUUUUGGUUGUCUGAUGAAUCAUGAAAAUUCUAUGAAAAUGUAAGAUUGUUGAUCGUUGCUUUACCAAUACAAUGCGCUUUUGACACUUUAAACUCUGUAAUAUAACCCAGCCAAACAUCUCUAAUACAUCAGUAUUUAAUGCUGUCUUAACAAAAAAAAUACAAUAUAUUUGUCUGAAUAAAGCCAAACAUGACUGCCUCUCCGCUGGUAUUCAUAUCCAUCCGUUACUAUUAGUAGUAAUUCUAUGUAAUUUUACAAAAUCAGUCACUUCUGAAUAUAUUUGAUUGCCUGCAGACCUGACAAUCCCAUUCACUGAUUUGAAUUUUGUAGUUUACAAGGGAUAAGCAGUGGUUUACAUGAAGGAACAUGUACAUCACAUGUAUGUGCAUGCACUGCCCAUUUCAAAUACUCCCAAUAUUCAAAUCUCGACUUUGACUAGAUCAUUCAUUCUAUUUAUGCUUUUUGAAUUAUUUUGUGGUGGAUUUGCUAGUGUGCUUACAGUUAUUGUCCUGUUAAAAUGUCCACAGUAAGUUGUUAAUUCACAAACUACAGAAAUCCAGUAUGAAGACAAAGCAUGAAUGGAUUGGUUCUACACAUCACACACAUUUGAUGUGUCCUCUGUGUUGUUUCUGGGCGAAAAUAAGAUCUGAAUGUGAGGGAAGCUUCUGUGAUCACAUGAAUACUUUUUAAAUUUUCAAAAACAAUUAUUUGUGAUGCUUCUGGCCCAAUCCUGAAGUGAGGUCUGCCCUGCUACUUCAGAGACUUUCAACAGUAUCUGACCAACAAAGAAGAGCAACAAACUCUUCAGACGUCAGAAAUACACAAUUUAUUGAUUAUUGUGGACAAACAUGUUGGACAGAGCAAUGUUUCUUUUAACAAAAUGUUUAAGAGAAAAACAUGUAAACCCUUUAUUAGGUUCCAAAAUCCGUUAAAUCAAGUUACAGUAGAUAUACAUGUAUUCUCUACCUAAAGCAGUCCUAAAGUUCAUAGGAAACUUAGGACAGCAAAUGGAAAUUAGCCCUGUGCUAAAUGCAGCUUAUUUACUGAAAACUUGUGUAAACUUAUGAGAUUGUACUUCAUUAAUAUGCACUGUCCCAUCCAAAUAAAUAAAGAAAUGAAAAUUAGGAAACACUUACGGUUUAUUACAUUAAAUAGUGACAAAACAAGUCCAUUAGAAAGCAACAACUGAACAAGUAACUGUAGACAAUGUCAAAUGAAUCAGUGUGACUGCUUAAGAAGCACUAAGUAUGAUUCUUAAACACUUGGAGUUCUUUGUGUUUGUUUCAGUAACUCUUUAAUGUAAAAAAAAAAACAAACUCAAAUGGUUUAUAUGAAGCAGAGGGUCAGUGGAAUGUCUCAAUUGGUCUGAAGUUAGUUCUGGUUCCAUCCUGGUGAUAAGAAUAAAUAAAUAUACAUUUUGGUAAAACUAUUUAGUUGUUAAAAGCUAUUAAUGAUGAGUUUUUCCCCUAAUAAACACAUAUGAACUGAGCUGUGGUUGGGUACAAAGCCAAAAAGCUAAAAAUAACAAUCAGUGUAACAGAUUUAUUCACAUCUUCAUGAUCUUGUCUUUAACAAGGGAUGUCCUUCAGAAUGUGCCUAACUGUAUAUUUGAGCAUCAACGGUAUGCUAAGAUCUUGUCACGAUUUUCUUCGUACUGGUGCAGCAUAUCCUCGAGGUUAUGGUCAGCGGGAAUCACC